AUGAGAACGACGAUCUGCCUUGUUUUCCUGCUGGUAGCAACGGCUGCUGCCAGUGAGAAGAAGACGACAGAAAGUAAGGCAGAGCCCUUGGAGAAGAAGUUGGACAAACGUGGCCUCCUGAACCUCGGUUACGGAUAUGGAAUCAGCGGCCUCGAUAUCGGCUACAUCGGCAACGGACACGGAAUCGGCGGCGCUUACAACGUCAUCGAAGACUCCGGCUUCGCUAACGGCGGAUACGGCGGAUACGGCUCAUACAACUUGGGAGCUCACACUGACACCACCAGAACAAUUACGCUAGUAAAAGGAGUUCCAGUUGCCGUGCCAGUCGACAGGCCCGUGCCGUACCCAGUUGAGAAGCACAUUCCAUACCCCGUUAAGGUCCCAGUACCGCAACCUUAUGAGGUCGUCAAACACGUGCCAGUUCACGUGAAGGAGUACGUUAAAGUCCCAGUCCACGUGCCAGCCCCUUACCCAGUUGAAAAGAAGGUGCCUUACCCCGUUCAUGUUCCAGUAGACAGGCCUUACCCCGUUAAGGUUCUGGUUCCCCAGCCCUACCCCGUUGAAAAGCACGUGCCUUACCCCGUGAAGGUGCCAGUGCCACAACCUUACCCCGUGGAGAAACACGUGCCAUACCCAGUUGAAGUUAAAGUGCCCUACCCUCAGCCUUACCCAGUUGUGAAACAUGUCGGUUACCCCGUCAAGGUUCCCGUCGACAGGCCUUACCCCGUCCAUGUGCCUCAACCUUACCCCGUUGAGAAACGUGUGCCUGUUGCAGUCCCAGUUGAGAAGCCAGUCCCUUACCCAGUCCACGUACCCGUAGACAGGCCAUACCCCGUCCAUGUUGAGAAGCCCUACCCAGUGCCCGUUAAGGUGCCCGUGCCAGAGCCGUACCCAGUUUACAAACACGUGCCCGUUGAAGUCGAAAGGCCCGUGGCUUACCCCGUAAAAGUGCCCGUAGACAGGCCCUACCCCGUACACAUUGAAAAACCCGUACCAGUCCCCGUUGAGAAACCAGUGCCAGUACCAGUAAAAGUUCCCGUUUACAUCAAUGACCAUGGCUUCAGCCAAGGAGGCUCUGACUAUUAUAGCUAUGGGGGCCACUACAGCCACUAG